UAACCAGCACCCUCUAGUGGCAACUUGAUAAAAUAGGAAUUUUGCUCCACCCAAAUCAGGGUAAACGAAACUUAAAGGCUCGGUUUUCUUCAGACAAAGGACACGUAGUUCAUUUGGGAGUCUUGAAUUUCUACUGAGGAACGCGCUGAAAGUGAAUUGUAAGUAAACUUUCUGUACUGAAAGAUAAAAAGAGGAUAAUGGCUGAGAGAGCUCUUGUUGAAAGUUACCUGAACUGCCAUGUGUGUUCAGAGACUUUCAGAGAUCCUGUGUCUCUGAGCUGCAACCACAGCUUCUGUUCAAGCUGCCUGCAGAAAUUCUGGGAAAAAGCUGGAAACAAGAACUGUCCCAUCUGUAAAAGAUCAUCGAAGAAAAAUCCAUCCAUCAACUUCUCCCUCAAAGAACUUGCUGAUUCGUUUUCUAAGAGGCAGAAUGAAGCUUCAUCUGAGAUGGAAAAUAAGAAAGAGAAGAAGGUGGUGUGUGAGAAACACUCAGAGGUUCCUUAUUGGUUCUGUGAAGACGAGCAGAGAGCUGUGUGUCCUGUCUGUGAGUUUUCUCUCCACCAGAGUCACAAAGUGGUUCCUGUAGAACAAGCAGUCAGUGAGCUGAAGGAGCAGCUGAGAUCUGACUUGAAGUCUCUGCAGGACAAGAGGAACACACAAGAAGAAGUGAAGACAGAAUACGAUGAGAUGAUUGAACACUCCAAGAAGCAGCUGUUGUCCACAGAGAGACGGAUCAGAGCAGAGUUCAACAAGCUCCACCAGUUCCUGAGAGAGGAAGAGGAGUCCAGACUGGCAGCUCUGAGGGAGGAAGAGGAGCAGAAGGGGAAGACUAUCAGCAGAGAGAUGAAGAGGAUCCAGGAGCAGAUCUCCUCUCUGUCAGACAGCAUCUCUGCUGUUGAAGAAGACCUGCAGAAAGACAACGUGUCGUUCCUCAGCAGUUAUAAAGCCACUCAGAGCAGAGCCAGAGGUCAGAGGUCACUGUCAGAUCCACAGCUGGUCUCAGGAGCUCUGAUAGAUGUGGCCAAACACCUGGGCAACCUGUCCUUCAGAGUCUGGGAGAAGAUGAAGGACAAGGUCCACUUCAGUCCUGUCAUUCUGGACCCAAACACUGCAAAUGGAUUUCUCUACCUGUCUGAUGAUCUGACCAGUGUGAGACGUGGAGACACAGAGCAGCAGCUUCCUGAUAAUCCAGAGAGAAACACUAAGUAUAGGAAUGUUUUUGGUUCUGAAGGCUUCAGCUCAGGGAAACACAGCUGGGAGGUGGAGGUGGGAGACCAUCCUGACUGGCUCAUUGGUUAUGUUAAAGAGUCAGUUGAGAGGAAGGGAGAGACAUCUGCUUCACCAAAAUCUGGAGUCUGGUGUGUAGCUCAUCGUGAUAGAAAAUACACUAAUGGUGAUGGUCAAACUCUCCCAGUGAAGAAGAAUCUCCAGAAGAUCAGAGUCCAGCUGGACUAUGACAGGGGGGAGGUGUCCUUCUACGACCCUGAAGACAUGUCUCACAUCUACACUCACAGAGACACUUUCACUGAGAAACUCUUCCCUUUUUUCAAUGUUGGAGAAGCUGCUGAUGCCAAAACUUCUGAUCUCAAAAUCUGUCAAACUGAGAUUUCUGUUUAAACUUGUGUUUUUGAGUUCUCUGAAAUAUUAAAUAUUUUUUGAUUGGUGACCAUCCUGACUGCUACCUGGGUGUGGUUAAAAUGUCAGUUGACAGAAAGGGAGAGAGAGAUAUUACAUCUGAAAAUGGAAUCUGGGGUUUGUGUUAUGAAGAUGGAAAAUACACUGAUACUAUUGGUAAGACCAUCACCAUGAGGAGGAGUCUCCAGAGGAUCAGAGUCCAGCUGGACUAUGACAGGGGGGAGUUGUCCUUCUACGACUCUGAAGACAUGUCUAUUGUCUACAUCUACAGAGAAACUUUCACUGAGAAACUCUUGCCUUACUUCAGCGUUGGUGAAGCUGUUGAUGCCAAAACUAAGGGUAUCAGCAUAUGGAAGUCUGAAACAGUGGUGAGAUCAAACUGAUUUGUUUCUUUAACAAGAAGAAAAGCUAAAAUCAGGGUUUAAAAAACAUCAGAGUGGUUAGUAUAAGAUGGACUUAAGUGUUUGUAUAGUAACAUAAUGGAUCCCUAAAGUUAAAAAUGUAACAACACUGAGGGACACAAGUAUUUAAAGUCCCCAAAAAGCAUGACUAAGAGCUUUGAUUGUCUUUAGCAAAGCACAAAGGCCUUGUUGUAGCCUUCAAUAUCUGUUUUCAUAUCUCAGGAGUCCUUUUGGCUGACUCCUCCUCACGUAAACUUUCUAAACCCUUGGUUUCUUGGUUGCUGCUUGGAAACUCAAAGCUUGAGCUUCUUUUACAGACUUUCUAGAGGACUGAGGUUUGGUGACUACAAAGGCCUUUCCAUUCUUCUUUAGCUCCUCACAGCUUCCAUACAAGUGGCUCUUGAGUUAUUAUCAUGCUGGGAUUCUCAUCCAGGACCCAUCAUUUGUGUCCUCCUCCUAGAUUUAUUCAUAAUUUCUUGGCACCUCAAUGCAGUUGAAGUUGCCACAGUCUUAAGGAUAAUGUUUCCAUCUCUGUGCUUAACAGAGAUACUGGUUUUCUUCUCUUCCUCCUAAUAGGCAGGGUUGAGUUGCUGCAAAAGAGCUCCGAGGGAGACAUGAUUCUGGUUAUGUUGUACAGAUUGAAUGUUUAUUUCUGUCAAUGAUCUGCAAAGUAAACUGUGACAAUUGUGUAAUUCAUUUUUUUCCAGACUUUUAUUGAUAUUCUUUUUUGUAUGUCUGUGAGCAAACUUAGGAAAUCAGCAGGGGAUCAAAUAUUUAAUCUGUUGUUUAAUAACUUUUUCUUUUAGUUGUUUUUUGUUGAUUAUGUUAUAUAAGCAGAUCUGUUUAAAAAUUUGAUGGUUAUUUUAAGACGCACCAAUCAGAUUUUCCCUGGCCAAUGUCCAUUUAUAGUCUGAUCUGCUGGAAAUAUUCAGUCAGACCAGAUCCGGGGGUGCCACACAAGUAUUUUUGCAUUAGUUUGCAUGAACUGUAUUUUACAUCAAGCAUGUUUUACUGAUGGAUCACACUGUAUGCUGACUUAAUGGCUCCCCAUAUAUAUAGAUCCAGUAUUGACUGUAAAAACAAACAUGUUUUUUUCUUUUUUAUUGAACUUUAACUGAUAGAAUCUUCCCUCAGACUGUAUCACAGAUCACACAAACAAAUCAGCCAUUAUAGACCUUGUCUGAUAUUUGUAUGUUUACCUUUUAGUCAUUAAAACACUAAAUAAUUAAAUAAAU